AUGAAACCCUUGCUCUUCCUUCUCAUCUUCCUCCCGAAUGUCUUCAGUGAUUCUUCAACAGUUCCGACGUCUGAGGAAGACACUGAUAUGACUGCGACUCCGUCCACAAUCAUUCCUCUCCUCUCGACUGCACAGAAUCCUGGCCUCCCGAGAACCUCCUCUGUUCCUUCGGCCCUUAGAACCCCCGUCCCCACGUUCUCCUUCUCUUCUCUCUCUUCUUCGGACUGGCUCUCUUCCAUGCCAACCGUCCAAACCAUGCUCCCUCCUUCUCUCCCAACUACUCUUGAUGUUCCGAUGAUUUCCGAAAAGGAAAAGUUUGGUUUCAUGCCGCUUACCCCUCUCUGGUCUCCGGUCACCCCCGCUCCCUCACUUAUGACUCUGAAUGAUGCUCCCAUCCAACCGAUCCGUGGCAUGCUCCCGCCCUUCCCCACCUUUCCCACUUUUGCUCCAUUCACUUUCCCAACUCUUCCACCACCACAAGCACAAACGACGAUGAAGCCGCUGAACAUCACGAUCGACCCGGAAGCAAUAAUGGAUGUGGUGAGUGCCUCUUCCGUUUCGUUCCAACUAAUCAUCAUAUUCAGCCAGAGAUAAUCGCCCACUGGGGCUAUCCGGUAGAAACGCACAAAGUGGUCACGGCGGACGGCUACAUUCUCACUCUGCACCGGAUCCCGCACGGAAAGAGUGAGCGAGCGUCGACGGGUUUCCUGUUUCAAGUGUGACUUUCUUCAGACGAGACCUCCAAAUCCGCUUCACAGUCGCCUAAACCGGUCGUUUUCCUGCAGCACGGUUUGCUUUGCACCUCUUCCAUCUGGCUACUCAAUCUGCCAAGGCAAUCCGCCGGUUAGUACAGUUCUACGAAGGGAGCGAGCGAGAAGAAUAUAAUGAAGUUUCAGGGUACAUCUUCGCCGAUCAGGGAUACGAUGUGUGGUUGGGCAACAUGCGCGGGAACACUUAUUCGAAGCAGCACGUGCGAAUGACGGCGUCGGAUCCAAAGUUCUGGAGGUUCAGUUGGGAAGAGAUGGCCAAGUACGACUUGACAGCGAUGAUCGACUACGCACUGAAGACGACCAAACAAUCGCAGCUCUACUACGUCGGACACUCGCAGGGAGCGCUUACAAUGUUCGCCAAAAUGAGUGAAGAUCAGGAGAUAUCCCGGAAAGUCCGAAAGUUCUUCGCAAUGGCCCCGGUGGCUCGCAUGUCCCAUGUCAAAGGACUUUUCCAAGAUCUGGGACAGAUUUAUGAACAAUAUAAUGUAAGUUCAUACUUUUGAGUUGUUGAUCUGUCAAUAUUCUUUUAUAGCUUGUCUAUCAAGUAUUCGGAGAUGGAGAAUUCCUUACGAACAACAUCUUCACAAAGCUUCUGACGGAUAUCUUCUGUGAUCAAGCAGUCAACAAUCCUCUCUGCGAGAAUUUCAUUUUCGCAGUUUCCGGACCGAACAGUAAUCAAUUCAACAAUGUAAGUUUGUGAAAAUAGACAAUUCUGGAAGGACAUUUUCAGUCGAGAAUUGGAAUAUAUCUGGCUCAUAACCCCGCAGGAACCUCCUCUCGGAACAUGCUUCAUUUCGCUCAGAUGGUGAAAAGAAAGAGAAUGUCGAGGUUCGACCACGGACGGGAAAUGAACAUGAAAGUUUACGGAUCUGUUAGUUGUCUCGUUUUAAUUUGAACUAUAAUCUUGGAUGCUUCAGAGUUUCCCUCCAGAAUACGAUAUCCGCAGAAUCAACAGUUCCAUCUACCUAUUCUACUCUGAUUUCGAUUGGCUCGCAAAUCCGAAGGACGUCGAAGGUUUCCUAAUUCCAUUGCUCCCAUCCAAAACGCUCAAAAAAGCGACGUACGUGCUCACGAACUCAUCGAUACUAUUCAAACCAUUCCUUCUUUGAUUCUUUCAGAAAACUUCGAGACUUCAAUCACAACGAUUUCCUGUGGGGAAUGCGAGCAAGAAAGGAGAUUUACGAGAAGAUAAUCAACACGAUCAAAUUGGAUCAGAGAAGAGUGAAACUACAAGACAGCCUCCUGAGGUUCUUCGAAAGUGAGUGAGCAAGAGCAAACAAACGAAAAGAGCACUUGAUAAAAGGUGAUAGAACGAGUCCUGGUCAGCCGCUCUCAUUACAGGUCAGAACAGCACGCUGAGCGCCGAAAUGGAACAGAACAUUCGGAAUCAGACGAUGGACCUGGACUAG